AUGAGCACAGAUACUUACUUCAAGCUGCUCAAGAAGUCUCAAGUCCUUGAACAGCUAGUGCAGCUGAGUUCGCAUGUUGGCCAAAGUGAACAGCGCGUACGCCGCCUCGAGUGUGAACAAGCACGAGCACAAUGCGUCCAAGACCGCGUGUUUGCUGAGCUCGAGCGAUAUCGUCGCCAGGUUGUGGACGCCCAACAGCAAUUUCUGGGGCUGAUCGAAGCUCUUACCGCCCUUUGUCUGCGCGAAGACGAUCUCCACGCUGGAACCUCAGAGGGGACUGACGAUCCGGCACACGGUGAUGCUCUCAGUGCAGAAGAACAAACACUUCAGGACUUGCAGCGUGCAACUUCGCCAACUGCGAGGUCUUCACCUUCUCCAGGCUCGACUCUGGAAACGCGGGCCCUUGCGACUGUAGGCCGUCAACGAAUGCAACAACUUGAGGCGAUCUGCGCGCGCUACGAACGCCAGCUAGUCGGCUCUGAAGCUGCACUCUCGCAGGCAAUAUACUCGGACGCAGCGCGAGAAAGCGCAGCGAAAAUCGCGCAACUGGAGGCUCACAACCUACAGCACGAAGCGGACAAGCACGCACUCGAGAUUCAGCUUGAAAUUGCAAAGGGUCAGGUAGCGCAUUUGCAGGAUCAACUCGCACAAACUCAAGAGCGCCGAACAACUCUCGAGCAUGUGAACCAACGACUUGAACAAGAGCUUACAAGGCAUACCACAGCAACACAACAGUUUGCAUCGGACUUGCAGGCGGAGCUGCGGAGACGUUACGGCGUCGUGCCUUCGGUUCUGGAGCUGAAAUGGCAGCACUACUUCCCACGACUGUCUCGACCGUUCUAG